AGACAGCACUAAAACAUCCUCCAGCGCGGAACACCGGCGGAACACCGGCGGCUUGGCCGUCGUACUCGAUGGCGGAAUGGCCAAGCCAUCCAAAGACGAGGAGGAGAUCGCCGUGCCCGCGCCGGUCUUCAGCGUUACUGCCAAGGACGACAAGGACAAGAUUGCCUUGCCCGAUGCCCACGACCCGGUGACGGGGCAUGGACGAUGGCUUUAUGAGGGCCGACUGGGCGAGGGUGGCUUGGCCACCGUCUUCCGCGCCUGGGAUUGCAAGGGCGGCUUGGGCUUCGUGGCGGUCAAGGUCCUGAAGAAGCACUCCAAGGCGCAUGCGAGACAUGCCUUUGCGAUGCAUCGGGAAAGCCAAUGGUCCUUGGAGCGGCUCCACAAUCGAGCUGAUCCAAGGUACUCUGAAGAGCAUGCCAAGCUCUUCGCAAGGUACCUGGAGGAUCACACAGGCUUCGUGGAGCUGGGCCCGGAGGACUUCGAGGAACGGCGCAAGGACUUCGAGUCGCCCAGCUUCGAUUGGUACAAGCAGCGUAUUGAUUUGCCCAUUGCCAGCAAGCCGUACGUGGUCAUGGAGCUGGUGAAAGGCGAGACUUUGCAAGUGGCGAUGCCCAGCAUGUCAGCGACCGAGAAGCGCCAGGUCAUUCUGCAGUGUGCCACCGCCCUGGAGUACUUGGAGCGUUUCCACAUGAUCCACCGAGACUUCCGCGGCUGCAACAUGCACCUCAUCGCCCGGGAAAAGCCGAACGAGUCUUGCCAACUGAAGAUUUUGGAUUUGGGCGUCAUGAUCUCUUCAGAGGCUGGCAUGGAGGUGAAUUGCAACAUGGCCGUCCAGGCCUUCCGGCGGCGUGGCGAGACCGAAGAGAAGCGGAAACGCUACGAUUGGCUGCCAUGGGAGGUGCGCUCGGCCUGCGACGAGCUGCAGGGCGCGGUGAAGAACUUCGAGCCGCCAGGACAUUCCUUCGACGCCUUUAGCUUGGGAGUCUUGAUUCUUCAUCUCUUGCUGGGCAAGACCAAGGCCAGAUCUGUUUUGGACAGCCUCCAAGAUCAUCCAGAAAGGACGCCGGAUGGCUGUGGCAUCGGUGUACCAAAAGAAUUGCUGGGUAAUUUGCUCGCAGAGGCGGCGAAGCGGCCACGGCCACGGGAGGUGUGCGCUCAGCUGGUGCCGUUGAGGCUGAAAUCGCCUCAGAAAGAGGCGGCGGUCAGCGCGGAGAAGGCAGAAGCCACUCCUGCAGUUCCGAGCUGUCACACUGUGAGCCAUACGACCACGAAGAUGGAAGGCAGCAGUGAUGAGGAGGGUGAGAUGGAGGUUGUGGAGAUGGAUACCAAGAAGGGCACAGAGACAAUAGGCCAAAAGAAAGACAAUGAUACAGCUGCAAAGGAGGCAGCGGCCAAAGAAGCAGCUGCAAAGAUAGCAGCUGCCAAAGAGGCAGCUGCCAAAGUGGCAGCUGCAAAGAAAGCAGCUGCCAAAGAGGCCGCUGCAAGGGAAGCAGCCGCCAAAGAGGCAGCUGCAAAGGAAGCAGCCGCCAAAGAGGCCGCUGCGAAGGAAGCAGCCGCCAAAGAGGCCGCUGCAAAGGAAGCAGCCGCCAAAGAGGCCGCUGCGAAGGAAGCAGCCGCCAAAGAGGCAGCUGCAAAGGAAGCAGCCGCCAAAGAGGCAACCGCCAAAGAGGCAGCAGCCAAAGAGGCAGCUGCAAAGGAAGCAGCCGCCAAGGAGGCAGCUGCCAAAGAAGCAGCUGCCAAAGAGGCAGCCAAAGAAGCGGCAACAAUACCCAAGCACGACGUGGGUAGAAGAAGCAAAAGCCGCAGCCGAAGCAGGAACCGGAAGGAAUCCAGCUUGGAAAGGAAGCAGCGACUGCGUCGGGAACGAGCACGGCACUUGCUCCCCGAAGACCCUGCACGGUCACAAGCCCCAGAGGAGAAGGCGGCCAAACGGCCCCUCGCGGAGGAAACGGCGCCGGAUGCAGAUGCUGCGGGUGCACCGGCCAAGGAGGCCAGAAGAGAUGUGCGCGACGUGACGCAUGUCUCCGUGCUGGACCUUCUGCGUCGGCAGCAGGCUGUUGAAAAGGAACAAGAGGAGGUCGCCGAGGCUCGGAGGAAAGAGCAGAGGCUGCAAGCCCAGAAGCAAGAGGAAAGACGAGCCGAGGAGGAGCGACAAAAGCAGGCCCAGCAGGCACUCCAAAUGCAGGCUCAGUACCAGCAGAUGCAGAUGCAGAUGCAAUGGGCUCAACACGCCGAAUUGCUUCAGCGGCACCUCUUGGGCGCCUUUCCCGGUGCUUUUCCCGGCUUUCCCGGCGCUUGCGGCUUUGGGACGCCCAUGACAGCCUUGCAGGCAGCUCCAUCGGUGCCAGCAGGACCAGUGCCCGGCGUGGUCUCGAAGGCAUCGGCUCCACCGCCGAAGCCGGCCGACGCCGCGUCGCCGGCUGGCCCGGCGCAGGGUGGACUCGAUCGUGCGAAGAAAGGCGAGGGGCCUCAAUCAUGCCACAUUGUGACAAGCCUUGUAAUUAGGAGGGAUGUUCAUUGACUUUCCAUCUUAUCCCGGCGGUGUAAGUGGCGGUGCAUUUAUCUCUCAGGGUCUGAGAAUUUGGAGACACAGUUCCUUUGAUUCAAGACCUGAGAGUACACAUGCCCCGAAGCCCAAGAAUGUCCUCUCCACUGUUCGCUUUGUCAGAAGGUUGACCCGUCCACUGUCAAGCGAGAAGGAAGAACAUCAAGCAACACCAGAUCCGUAUCGCAUCUCAGGCUUGUCUCCCCACAAAGACAGCGACGCGUGUUGCAGUUUUCGGUUUGUGCAUGGAAAUCCAUCUUUGCACCAGGCACAAGACCGAUACCGCGAGCCCUAAAACACCUUUGACAAUGGCCCACACAUGUACUAUAGCUGUGUUAGUCUGGCAUGUGCUGUGCCAUGGCGUUUUGUGUGCCAC